UAAAAUCUUCAACAGUUUCUGGAGCUUCCGUCAUUUGCACUGCAGCAAUGGAAGAAGCAGCAUCCUCAACAGAUAAUCCAUCUAUUCCAAAAACCGAACCCCACUCUCUUUUCCCCAUUGCUACAUCAUCCACCACCGCCGUCACAACUCCUAACUGGCUGUGCAGCUCCAGCUUCACCGCCGACCUCUCCGUCAUCAACGACGCCGCUUCCUCUUUUCACGCUUUCCACACAAUCAAAGAUGACGAAGAUGAGAGCGAAGAAAUACCAGUAGCCAGAAAAAGCUCCUACGAGUUUCUAGAAUCUUCCGAUUCCGAGAGGGAUGAAAGAGAUUACUCAGAUAAGAAGAAAAAGAAGAUGAAGAAGAAGCGGAAGAUAGAGAAAUCAAGAGCUCCUGAAUUCCAGACUUUUGCGCAUGGUGCUCGAAAGUCUGGUGUUCGAGCUUGGGCGAGUUCCGAUACUAAACUCUCCAAAGAUUAUUACUUUGAUUCUCGCGGAGAUCCUGAUAAUUUGGCCUUCGGCUGCUUGUACAGGAUGGAUGUUGGGCGAUACAAGCUUCAUGAUGUCGCAGGAAGUUCAGAGAUUGAUUUUGGAGGGCAUACUCAGGUGAGUAACUGGGGUUUGCUUACAAGAGGAGAAUUCGAUGUGGAUGGAUUAGAUGCAAAAUUAAAAUCUAAUGGGCGCUACUGGUCUGUCAAGCAUUCAGUCUUGGAAAAAAAUAGAAAUUUCAAGCGUUUUCGGAUUGUUGCUACAGAGAAGCAUCUUCCAGUUUCCUGGGACGAUUUUAUUCCAUUAUCUGCUGAAGAUGGAGAUGGUAGCUUGUUUUCAAGAUCUUCUGUGAUAGUAGAGUCAUGGGAAGAUGAGAUAUUGCGGAAAACAAGAGAAUUCAAUAUAAUGACUAGGGAGCACCCCCAUAAUGUUAGAGUAUGGCUGGACUUCUCUGAGUUUCAAGACAAAAUAGCAAGUAAUCAACCACAAAAAGGUGCGCGCUUGCAGACACUUGAGAAAAAAAUUAGUAUAUUAGAGAAGGCGGCUGAGCUGAACCCUGAAGAUGAAGAUCUGUUGCUUUGCCUUCUAAAAGCUUAUCAAAAUAGAGAUACUGCAGAUGUUCUUAUUGGAAGAUGGGAGAAGGUUUUGAUGCAACAUUCAGGAAGUUGCAAGUUGUGGAGAGAGUUUUUGCGGGUCGUUCAGGGAGACUUCUCCACUUUUAAAGUUUCUGAGCUUCGAAGGAUGUAUACUCAUGCAAUUCAAGCUCUGUGUGCUGCAUCUAGCAAGAGGCAUAGGCAGCAGGUUCGUCCAACUGUGGAACCACCUUCUCCAGAGACUGUGGAUUCUGACCUUGAAAUGGGAAUGGUUGAUAUAUUUCUCAGCCUGUGCAGAUUUGAGUGGCAGGCAGGCUAUCAGGAGUUAGCCACUGCGUUAUUGCAGGCUGAAUUAGAGUAUAGUUUGUUUUAUCCACCUUUACAGCUCACAGAGCAGAGCAAAAAGAGAUUGUUUGAGCAUUUUUGGAAUAGUGAUGGUGCAAGAGUUGGAGAAGAUGGAGCCCUUGGUUGGUCCACCUGGUUGGAGAGAGAAGAAGAAAAUAGACAGAAGCUCAUGCAAGAAAUGUCUGUGAAGGAAGAUGAACAAGGGGGUUGGACUGGGUGGUUCACCCCUCCAUCCAAAGGCAAGGAGAAUUUACCUGUCUUGGAGGAAGAUGUUAGUACUGAUGUGGUUAUGGAGGAGAGAGAUGAACAAUUAGAUGACACGGAUGCAAAGCAAGAAGAAGAUGAUGCUGCUCUGUUGAGAAUGCUGGGAAUUGAUGUUGAUGCUGAAGCCAGCAGGGAAGUUCAUGACACAAAUACGUGGGUCAGGUGGUCAGAAGAGGAGUCAUCAAGAGACCAUGAUCAAUGGAAGCCUGUUCGUAUGGACUUUGGUCGGAUAUCUGUAGAACCUAUGCAGCAGAAAUUAUGCUGGUUGUAUUGCUGCUGCAAUCUGACGUGUGGGGUUUCACAUAACAAGGAGGUGAUCGAAGAAGCCCAGGAACAACUUUCUAGAGUCAUAUUGUUUGAGGAUGUUAGCGAUUUUCUUUUCUCCCUAAGCUCUGUUGAUGCUCGCUUAUCUCUUGUUCUGCAGUUCAUUGACUUUUUUGGUGGUGAGGCAUCUCAUUGGUUUGGUACUAAUUCUCAAUGUUGGAAUGAGAAAAUACUGAGUUUAGAAACACUACCAAAUUCUAUUCUACGAUAUCUAGGAAAUAUAAAUGGUUCUAAAAUAAUGGAUGGUUCAAGCACUCUCAGUAUGGAAUCUCUGUUGAGCCAUCCAGGGACUCUUGGAAGGACAGAGAUGAUGAAGUUUUUGCGUAAUGCUGCUCUCUUAUGUUUGAAGAUUUUCCCUCGAAAUUACAAGAUAGAAGAGGCUAUUCUAAUUGCUGAAGAGCAAAGUUUUGGGGGAAUCAACACUUCACAACGUGCAACACCUUCUCAAGCUUUGGCAAAGCUCCUCUUGAAAUGUGAUCGACAGGAUGUAUUACUUUGUGGAGUUUAUGCUCAGAGGGAAGCUGCUUACAGAAAUAUUGAGCUUGCAAGGAGGGUAUUUGACAUGGCAUUGUCAUCUAUCAGUGGGCUGCCCUUGGAAACACAGUCAAGUGCUGCCCCCUUGCUUUACCUAUGGUACUCGGAGAUGGAACUAGCUGAGUGUUCUAGUGGUGAAUCAGAGUCUAGGCUACGUGCUUUGCACAUAUUGUCAUGCCUAGGAAGUGGGAUUACUUACACUCCAUUUAACGGACGACCAUCAAGCACACAAUUGCUCAGGGCACACCAGGGUUUCAAAGAACGCAUAAGUAAUAUAAGGUCAUCAUGGGCACGACAGGCUGUAGAUGAGAGUUCUGUCGCUCUGAUUUGUUCAGCUGCAUUAUUUGAGGAGUUGACAGCUGGAUGGGUUGCUGGGGUUGAAAUCAUCUCGGAUGCUCUUUCCAUGGUGCUUCCUGAAAAAACGCGUCGAAGCCAUCAACUUGAAUUCUUGGUCAACUUUCAAGUGAGAAUGCUUCAAAACCAUCAUAAACAAGCAACUUUAUCAAAAGUGUUGCAGUCUGUGGCAGCUGGAUUGCAAGCCUAUCCUUUUAAUCCAAAACUUUUUUGUUGCCUGGUGCAUCUUAGUGCUCUAUACAUCGUGCCCAAUAAGCUUCGGCGGAUCUUUGAUGGCCUCUUUCAAAAUUCAAAUCUGGAUGUUCACAGGAAACCAUCAAUAAUCCUUUGGCUGUUUGCUUUAUCAUAUGAGCUGACUAGAGGUGCUCCUCAGCACAGGAUACAUGGAUUAUUUGAGAAGGCAUUGGCAGAUGAUAGGCUACGCUCAUCUGUUGUGCUGUGGCGCUGCUAUAUUUCAUAUGAGAUUUAUUUAAGCAACUUUCCUGCUGCAAGAAGAAUAUUUUUCCGUGCUAUCCAUUCAUGUCCAUGGUCAAAGUUGUUGUGGCUUGAUGGCUUCCAGAAACUACAUAACAUCGUCACUGCCAAAGAACUAUUGGAUCUCCAAGAAGUGAUGCAGGAUAAGGAGCUCAAUCUAAGAACAGAUGUUUAUGAGAUUCUUUUACAAGACGAUUUUAAUCAUUAGUUGUGAACUGACCAGAAAUGAAUUGUACAGAUGUUAAGGGUGUACCAAAUGGUUGAGAUAGAUGAUACAGUAUAUUGAGCGUAUGGAUUGUGUGCCUUCUCUCUCAACUGCUGGGCGUCAUCUCAAAUGACACUCUCUUCUUUCAAAAGAUUCAUAGAGCACACACAAUAUCAAAAAUUAACUUAAACCGGAAUCAAACUUCGUUGAUGAAAAGCAUAAACGUCAUAUUAAUCUCAGAAAGUACUGUAGUAAUUUGAUUUUUAUUCUUAUAUGUAUAUAAUACCGCAUUCGUUUUACGAUA